ACUUCUUGAUACCGGGCGUACCAACAUAAUUAGUUAAUCGGGCAAUGUAACGUAAGCAGCCGCACGUUUGGCCAGCCGCAAUCCGGUAGGAAUUGAUAGGUGAGAUCUUAUUGAAUUAGAACAGCUCGCCCCCACUUAUACGGGGUAGGGUAUUAACUGAGCAUAUUCAGUCCAAUAACAGAACUGCCCUUCUUGCCUCUUUGAAUGUCCUGCAUGGACCUGACGCACGAGACGUCAGGAAAGGCCGAGGCUUCAGCCAGCCACCAUCAUUAGUAAAUUGCCCAACGCAAAUCUGCCAAUAUACGAGGUGCUUCAGCCGCUUCGUGUAAUUUUGGUAAUGGAAAUACAAGCUACCCAAGAGACAAACAAACAAAUAGGAAGCAGAUCUCACGAUGAACGUUUUUAUCUGGUUGUCCAUUUUCCCACGCUUCUACCUCGGUCAUAUGUCGUCCUCCCCUCUGCCGGUCCUCCUCUUGCCUUGUGCUUUCAAUGACCCUUAAUAGUCGCAUAGGGUCAUCGAUUGCUUGCUUUCUUGCUUGCUUGCUACCCUAGCUAGCUUUCGUUCCCACUCCAUCCAUCCAUCUCCAAAAUGUCCAUCCGAGCUGUUCGGGAACCGGCCAACGCCAAAGUCGACAUCGUGUUUGUCCACGGCUUGCACGGCGACCAAGCACCGUGGACGUCCGAGGCCGAUGUCUUCUGGCCCGACAAGCUCCUCCCGGCUAAGAUACCCGACGCAUGCAUCCUGUCGUUCGAGUAUCAAGCGGCUCUCGGUUCUUUCUUUGGCGAGGACGACGAAAUCACGGACAUUUCCAACGACCUGAUCAACGAGCUGAUGGACCAUCGAACUGAGAAAGAAAAGGAAGAAAGACCGAUCAUUUUCGUCGCACAUUGUCUCGGUGGCGCGGUUUUGGAGAAUGCGCUGGUACGAGCCGCCGAACAUCCCAGGAAAAGAGAACUCAUCGGCUAUAUCCACGGUAUACUACUGCUAGGGACACCACAUUUCCAGAAAGGAUCGCUGGCAGCAGCCACAAGGUAUUUCCAAGUGGCUCAGGCGGAGAUCCCAAGUGAGUCGGACCUGAAAGACCGGUUAGACCGUCUCAGCGGUAUUCCCCAGUUGUUUGCCGGCCUCAAGCAAGCAGGCGCUGAGUUCGAGGUGGAGGGUUUCUAUGCCGGAGCCGGCACCAAGCUGGGCGGCGGCAAGGACGUGAAGAUCGUUGAUGAGGCGUUGGCCCGAGGCCCCGAAGCUCCUCCCCCUGAGCGGCUGGCGCGCAAUCAGCUACGGCUGAGCCAGUAUGAUAGCGAGGAUGACAAGGACUUCAAGAAGGUGUCUCGUAUUCUGACCCAGUGGGCGUCCAAGAUUGUUCUCCCGGAGGAGGAUAAGGGGGCAGCAAACGUGUCGAAUACAACAUUCUCAGGUUCCCACAAUUCUGGUUUGCAGCUGGGGCAGAAUGUAGGAACCCUCAAGGGAUUCAGCUUCGGAAGAAGUUAGUUGGUCGAUUAAUUGAUACUUCCAGAUUUGCCACUCGAGUGAUCUUUGAUUGCUAGGUAGCUAACCCCAUCUGCAGGGCCGCAGCAUAGAGUAAUAUAGAGAUUGUUUUUAUAUUGAAGGAAUAUGGGCAAGGUGAACCAAG